AUGGUUAUCAACGACUCAGGCCAUGAGGACUACGGCCUCAACCAACGAGCUUCAGCAGUUUCUGCUGCCCCGAAGCCCCGCAGAUACACACAAGAACCUAUCGCUGUUGUUGGCAUGGGAUGUCGUCUUCCUGGGGACAGCAAUUCUCCACAUGCGCUGUGGGACUUCCUCGAGCGUGGUGGCAUCGCAGACAAUACACCACCGCAAAGUCGAUUUCGUCUCGAUACCCAUCAUGACGGAUCCAAGAAGCCAAAGACCAUGAGAUCGCCCGGUGGAAUGUUCCUCGAGAACAUCGAUCCAAAGAAAUUUGAUGCCGCCUUCUUCAGCACGGGCAAACUUGAUGCUAUUGCCAUGGACCCGCAGCAGCGCCAACUUCUGGAGGUCGUCUACGAGUGUCUCGAGAAUGCCGGAAUCCCUCUCGAGAAGCUUGAUGGCGAAGCAAUCGGUUGCUUCGUCGGCUCUUAUGGAGUUGACUACGCCGAUAUGCAGGCCAGAGACCCUGAUGAUCGAGCUCCCUCUGUCACCAUCGGCGUUGGUCGUGCCAUUCUCAGCAACCGCAUCAGCCACUUCUUGAACAUCCAUGGACCAAGUAUGACGAUUGACACAGCCUGCUCGGGAAGUCUUGUCGGUGUCGAUGUGGCAUGCCGAUACCUUUCGAGUGGCGAGAUCGAUGGUGCUCUUGUGGCGGGUGCCAACCUCUACUUCAACCCGGAACACAACAUGGACAGUGGGCCAAUGAAGGGAGCGUCCUCGCUCUCAGGUCGCUGCCACACCUUCGACAGGAAAGCCGACGGCUACAUCAAAGGUGAAGCUAUCAACUGCGUGAUGCUGAAGCGUCUGUGCGAUGCGGAGCGAGAUGGCGAUCCGAUCCGAGCGAUCAUACGUGGUACCUCUACCAACAGUGAUGGGAAAACUCCCGGUAUCGCAAGCCCCAGUUCUGAGGCUCAGGCGAAGGCCACGAGGGCGGCUUAUGCCAACGCCGGGAUUUCUGACCUGUCAGCCACCGGCUACAUCGAGAUGCAUGGUACCGGAACACAAGCGGGUGACCCACAAGAAGUCAAGGGUGUUGCAUCAGUCUUCUCUUCCUCGAGACCUGAGAACGCACCUCUGAUAAUGGGAUCAAUCAAGAGUAACGUCGGUCAUUCAGAGCCAGCAGCCGGUAUCUCAGGACUCAUGAAAGCCAUCAUGUCUGUAGAGAAGGGGAAGAUUCCAGGUAACCCUACCUUCAUCGACCCUAACCCAAACAUCGACUUUGAGGGCUCAAGAGUCCGCGCAACUCGAUACACCAUACCCUGGCCUGCCCAAAGUGGUCCCAGACGUGCGAGCGUCAACUCUUUCGGGUACGGCGGGUCGAAUGCUCAUGUCAUCAUUGACCAAGUGCCCGAAGAGAACAGGAACUUUGUGUUUUCGAUCGGUGACGGCUUCGAGGAUCUUCUGGCAGAUGACGUUGCGGUUUCUAGGCCACACGUUUUGCUCUUCUCUGCAAACGACGAAACCUCGAUCAAAGCUUACACUGCUUCUUUGCGCAAACAUCUUUUGGAUCCGAGGACAACAGUAGACCUACCUGACCUUGCGUAUACGCUCUCAGAGCGACGGUCCCGACACUUCCAUCGAGGAUACAUCGUUGCGAAAGACCUAUCACUGGACUCCAACGCCAUCGCCUACGGUAAGAAGAACUCAGAUGCUCCAAGAAUCGGGUUCAUCUUCACCGGACAAGGCGCCCAAUGGUCGCAGAUGGGUAAAGCACUGCUUCAGAACUUUCCAGAAGCGCGCGCGGUCAUCGAGCGACUCGACACGGUGCUCCAGAGUUUGGUACAUGCACCUGAAUGGACUCUCCUCAAGGAGCUUACCGAAGCCCGGAGCCCGGAGAAGCUACGUGAUCCUGAGUUCUCACAGCCGCUCGUCACAGCCCUCCAGAUAGCUAUCGUCACUGUCUUCCGCAACUGGGGCAUCCAUGCUGAAGCCGUAGUGGGCCAUUCUUCAGGAGAGAUCGCUGCCGCAUAUGCAGCUGGACUCUUGACGGAAGACAAUGCAAUCAAGGCCGCCUACUAUCGUGGCUAUGCAUCGAAGGCGACCCGGGACUUGCAAACCGCCAAGAUGGGCAUGAUGGCUGUUGGCAUCGGAGCGGAAGAUGUCCAGCCCUACAUCGCGAAGGCUAGACUAGCAAAUCCGGGAUCGAAAGCCGUUACAAUCGCCUGUUACAACAGUCCAAACAGUGUCACUCUAUCUGGAACCGUUGACAGUCUGGAUGCUCUGCGCGUGGAGCUAGUUGCGGACCAGCACUUCGCCCGCAUGCUUCAGGUCGACAUGGCGUACCACUCAUCCUUCAUGGGAGCCGCAGGGGAAGAAUACGUCAAAUGUCUUGAAGCCGAAUCAUUUCGUACAACUGGUACUCACUCCAAGACGAAGAUGUUUUCGUCUGUUGAUGGUGACCUGGUCAACCGUCCAGUGGAUAUCGCGUACUGGAAGCACAACAUGGUGCAACCAGUAAUGUUCGAACAAGCUCUCGACCACAUGCUCUUUGGUGGAGAAUCAGUGAACUUUCUUAUUGAGGUUGGGCCGUCUGGCGCAUUGGCCGGACCCACCGCACAGGUCAAGAAAGCGCUACCUGGUGGCGGUUCGAAAGUUCAAUACUGCUCUGCCUUGACGCGUGGCAAGGAUGCAGAAAACGCUAUCUUCGACGUAGCCGGGCGGCUAUUUGUCGCUGGCUACGACGUGGACUUUACCAAGGUCAACUGCAUUCCUGCGCGGUGCAAAGUCGUAACUGACUUGCCCAAUUACUCCUGGAACCACAGCACCGACUACUGGUACGAGAACGAAGCCAGUCAGGAAUGGAGAGACCGAAAGUUCCCUCAUCACGACCUCUUGGGAUCCAAGGUACUCGGAACAGCCUGGCAAGCGCCUGCAUGGAAGAAAUCUCUCAGGCUUGAAGAUCUUCCUUGGUUGAAGGACCAUCGCCUUGGCCCCGAUGUCGUCUUUCCUGGAGCCGGCUACAUGUGCAUGGCUAUCGAAGCUAUGAUGCAAACGGAUGCAGUCCUGCGAUCCCAGACCGGCGCAGUCCUGAAGCACAAACAUCAAGUCCGUCUGCGCAACGUUUCUUUCGACAAGGCCCUCGUCCUGGAAGAAGGGAAGGAUACCAAGAUCAUGCUGACGCUUGCUCCUUUCGCCAGUCUGAAAGACUCUUGGUAUUUCUGGGUUGUAAGGUCUCUCGUUGCAGGCUCUUGGGUGGACCACUGCAAAGGCCAGGUCCGCAUGGAGAAAGACACGGACAUGCCCGCGUCUGGAAGCGACAUCACUCCACUGCAACAUGCAACCCCAGCAGCUCUUUGGUACAAGUCCAUGUCUGAUGUGGGCUACAACUUCGGCAAGGCCUUUCAGAAACUUCAGUCCGUCGAAGCAACAUCCGGAUCAAGACAAUGCAGAUCUCAAGUCGACUUCAGCUUCCCAGAAUCCGAUUUUACGCAGUCAGCGUAUCCUAUCCAUCCUGCAGCAUUCGAUGGCUGCAUGCAAUCCUGCGCCCCGGGGCUCUGGCGCGGCAUCAAGAGUAGCGUCAACGCGGUGCUGGUGCCCGCCAUCAUCGACGAUGUCGUCGUCAAGACAGACACAAAUCUGCGCGAAACCGCGAUCUCCGUAUCGAAGACUGUAUUUUCCGGACCUGGUCGCAAAGAUCUGGCCAAGAACCAUUCGUCCAGUGCGAAGGUCUACGAUCCCUCCACGGGCGGCCUCGUCUUCAAGUUGACUGGCCUGCACUACCACAUGCUCGAUUUCCAGGAUAAUCCAUACGCUGCUCACUCGUACAGCAGAUUGGUCUGGGGCCCAGACCUUACACUAAGCCCACAGGCCUGCGGGUCGAUCAAAGCCGCGGGUUGGCAACAAGUUCGAGAGAUCGUGGAGCUGAUCGCACACAAGAAGGCUAAUGCAAAGGUAGUCGAAGCUUCACUGAUUCCCGGAGAAUCGGCUAGCGUUUGGCUCGAGGGGUUGUCUUCCGCCUCCAAAGUUCAAAACGCUUUCAAGAGCUACACCCUCUUGACUCACGACGCCCCUGCAAUUAUCGACGCUCAGAGCAAGUAUGAACAAGUGCCUAGAACUUCGUUUCAGCUGUUGGACUUGGGCAAGCCUCUUGAGAAAGAGCCCGACGAGUCGCUGCGAGAUACUGACCUCGUUGUCCUGCGUCUGCCGCCAGGCGCACAAGAGACCAUCGAAGUGAUCAUGGGUAACAUCCAAAAGAUUCUCGAGACCAACGGACACAUCCUGGUACUCGAGCAGCGUUGUCCAUGGAACCCGGACGUGGACCAGAGCCUGGCUGGUGGGUCUGCGACGAAUGGCUUUUUGCGCGAUAGUGCGGAGCUUUUCGACUCCCGUGGCUUCAGGGUAGUGCAUACGGUGGACUGCGGCGACUCUGCAUCUCUGUCCCAUGCAUACCUGGCCGUCCGAUCUUACGACCAAAGCGAACCGACCACCUUGCCUCUCGAUGUUGUACACUUGAACGACCCUGGGCAGGUCUGCGACGCGAUUACGAAAGACCUUUCAGAUCGUGGUUGGGACGUCAAGCACGUUCGCCUUGAAGAUCUCGAUGAACGUCUUCGCAAAGACGCGACCGUCUUAGUAAUCUCAGAGCUUGAGACGCCGCAGCUGCCGACUCUAUCGCCUGCGCAAUGGGUCGCUGUCCAGCAACUCCUGCAGAUGAGGAACAAGAUUCUUUGGGUCAGCAAGUCGGCACAGUGGAAAGUCACGAACCCUGAUGGCGCUAUGAUUCACGGCCUGUGCAGGAGUGUUCGCACCGAAGACCCGUCCAUGAAGCUUACAACUCUCGAUAUCGAAGACGCGACCAACGAACACGCAGUGCCGUCCAUUGACCUACUACUGAGGGAAGUGCAGAAAACGUCGUCUAUCAAAGGCUUUGAGGGCGAGUACGUGGAACGCGAUGGCGUUCUUCACGUCAGCCGCAUCCUUGGCGAUGAUGACAUCAAUGCAGCCGAGCAGGCGAAGACGUCUGGCGCCCUUCCCGUUGAUCUGCGACUUCACGAAGCUCCAACAACGGUCCGUUUGAUCGCCGAGCGCGUGGGACAGAUAGAUUCGCUCCACUACGUUGAGGUUGACUCGGAGGAGCUGCCCUUGGCCAACAACAAGGUCGAAGUAGAGCUCUUCGCCUCCGCGCUCAACUUCAAAGAUGUCGCCGUCACCAUGGGCAUUGUCCCGGAGAACAACCAUCUGCUGGGCCUCGAGGGCGCAGGAGUGAUUCGGCGUGUUGGUGCGAAGCUCAACACACCCUUCCAUGUUGGUCAGCGCGUGCUGGUGUUUGAGAAGGGCACAUUCGCGAAUCGUAUCAUCGCCACUACUGAGCGUACGAUUGCCAUACCUGAGUGGCUCUCGUACGAAGACGCUGCGACACUGCCGUCUGUGUACUUGACGGCACUGUACAGUCUGUUCGACCUAGCGAAUCUCAAGCAUGGAGAUCGCGUACUGAUCCAUUCGGCUACGGGAGGCUUGGGUAUAGCAGCCAUCCAAAUAUGCCAGGCGGUUGGAGCCACGGUAUACGCCACGGUAGGACAAGAAGCCAAGAAACAGUUCCUGCAGGAUACCUUUUCGAUACCUGAAGAACACAUUUACAACUCCCGAACCAUCGACUUCGAGGCCCAGCUUAUGGAUAGCACCGAUGGAUAUGGAGUCGACAUCGUCCUCAACUCGCUCACCGGAGACUUGCUCGACGCAUCUUGGCGCUGCAUCGCCGAAGGCGGAACCAUGGUGGAGUUGGGCAAAAAGGAUCACAUUGAUCGCAAUACACUCUCCAUGGAGCCCUUCGCCCGGAACGCAUCGUAUCGCUGCUUCGACAUGUCGCAUAAGCAUGUUUCGGAUGAGGUUAUUGCAGUACUCAUGCGCAAGAUGAUGCACAUGAUAGUGACGCGUGGAGUCAAACCAAUCUCCCCUAUUGAACUCUUCCCAUACAAUGACAUCCCUUCGGCCCUCCGUUUCUUACGAAGCGCCAAUCACAUUGGCAAGAUCAUCAUCUCGAACAAAGGCCUCGCCGAUGCGGAUCCCGUUGUGCCAGUGCGUCCUGCUCCGCGGACGCUACAGUUUCGCGGCGAUCUAUCGUACCUCAUCGUAGGCGGACUCAAGGGCCUGUGCGGAUCGAUGGCAGUCGACAUGGCUCGACACGGUGCUCGCAACGUCGUCAUCAUUGGCAGGAGUGGCUACGACGAUUCCAGGUCUCAAGCAGUGCUGAAAGAUCUUGCCGCUGAAGGCUGCCACGUGGACCUGGUACGCGGCGACGUAGCCAAAGUGGAAGACGUUCGCAACGCAUUCAAGAGCGCCACGAUGCCUGUCGGAGGAAUUGUUCAAGGCGCCAUGGUGCUUCGCGACAAGCCCUUCGAGACCAUGACACACGAGGAGUACCAUGGGGCGAUUACAUCGAAAGUUGCCGGGACUUGGAACCUGCACAACGUCGCCCUGGAAAUGAGUCUCAAUCUGGAGUUCUUCACGAUGUUGUCCUCCAUCUCCGGUCUCAUCGGACAGCCUGCACAAGCCAACUAUGCAGCCGCCAACGUCUUCCUGGACAGCUUCGCAUACUACAGAAGAGGUCUAGGCCUGAAGGGUAACUCGGUCGACCUCGGCGCCAUUGAAGACGUGGGAUACAUGGCCGAGCACUCCAACCUCAUCACUGCGCUCGAUACUUCAGCGUGGACGCCCAUCAACGAGGCGCUCUUCCACAAGAUCGUGCGGUUCAGCAUCAUGCAGCAAGAAGAUACUCCAGUCAAUCCCUCUUCUUGCGCGCAGCUUAUCACGUCCAUCGCCGUCCCGCAAGCCCCGUCGUCGCGUUUGUUGACCGAUGCGCGCUUUUCAUCCCUGCUGUUCGGCAGCUCGGCCGGAAGCAGCACCUCUGAGGCGUCUGGGGCGAACAAGGAAAUCCAGGCGCUCUUGAUGACUGUGAAGACUGGUGCUGAGAUGCAUGUUGCGUUGCCGCUGGCUGUCGAUGUUGCGAACAAGCAAUUCAUGUUGACGCUGCGCGUCGACGAGCCUCUUGAGCCCGCCAAGCCAUUGUCGGCAUAUGGAUUGGACUCGCUCGCAGCUGUUGAGUUCAGGAACUGGUGUCGCGUUCAGCUUGGCGCCGACUUGACGACUCUGGAAGUCACCAGUGCGCCAAGCUUGUUGAGUUUGGCGGAGAAGAUUGUCGCGAAGAUUCAGGCAGCCAAUGUGGCGAAGUAG